AUGGAAUUUUGUAUUUCUCAGAGCAAGUAUGUGAAGAAAAUGUUGAAGAAGUUUGGUUUUUCUGAUUGCAAACCAGUUACAACCCCUUUAACUAUUGGAUGCAAGUUGAGAAAAGAUGACGAGUCUCCAGAAGUUGAACAGAAUAAGUACAGGUCAAUGAUUGGUGGAAUUUUGUAUUUAAAUAUGUCUAAACCAAAUAUCAUGCAGGCUAUUUGUCUGGUAUCUAGAUUUCAGGCAAAUUUGAAGGUGACACAUGAGAAACCUGUGAAGAGAUUUUUUCAAUAUUUGAAAGGUACUGUGGAUUAUGGACUUUGGUAUUAA